AUGGAUUACUUCUCUAAAUGGGCUGAGGCCAUUCCAUUGAAGGCUAUGAACCAACAGGAUGUAAUCAAGGCCAUAAGAGAGAGGAUUGUCCAUAGAUUCAGGAUACCCCAACACUUGGUGGUAGAUAGGGGAUUAGUCUUCUUUGGGAGGGAGGUUCAGGCCUUUUACAGCCAGUACAACAUUUCCCUAUCCCAUUCCACCCCUUAUUAUGCUCAAGGGAACGGGCAAGCAGAGUCCACAAACAAGACCUUGAUUGAGAUUGUAGAAAAGAUGGUUAAGGAGAAUCCAAGGGUUUGGCAUGAAUUUUUGUCCGAGGCCUUGUGGGCUUAUUGGACAUCUAAGAAGGAAGCCACUAACGUUACUCCCUAUAUGUUGGCCAUGCUCAUGGAAUUGGAGGACCUAGAUGAAGUGAGGCUAGCGGCCUUUGAUCAUAUGGUAGUCCAAAAACAACGGGUGGCCAAGGCCUAUGACAAAAGAGUAAGGAGAAAGAGCUUCUUGGAAGGGGAUUUGGUCUGGAAGACGGUGUUGCCGUUAGGUGCAAAGACCCCUAAAUAUGGGAAGUGGUCCCCAACAUGGGAGGGGGCUUACCAAAUCUGUCAAGUCUUUAGAGGUAAUGUUUAUCUCCUUAUGGAUUUGGAUGGUGAGGUGUACAAGCAUACUACUAAUGGCAAGUUUUUAAAACAUUAUUAUCCUACAAUGUGGGAAAUGGGGGAUUUUAUUGAAAAACAACCAUAA